CCCCCCCCCGCCCACCCGCAGCCAAGCGCGCGCGGGUCGCUCGCAGCGGCCUCUUUUCAUGCCGUUAGCUGUCGCGUGUAUGUUUCCCCUGCAUAUUUCAAACAUUUGGUCGGCGGCGCGUGGCGUGCGUCGUAUCGAUGGGCUGUUUAUGCCAUAAAUUAUGGUCUUCGGUUCUCGAUCGAGAAGCUUCCAGAGGCGCCGAGACCUGGAGUGGUACGGACAUCGGGGGGGGGGAGGUUGCGAUGCAGCGCGUCCACUGAAAACACUCGAAGUCCUGAUGAGCAGCUCCUGUCCACAAGGGACACGUGGACACGUGACCCCCUCCGUUGGGACAGUGGGACAGGCGCUGCUUCAGUGAAGGACAAAACUGAACAAUGAUGAGGUACUGAGUGAAGGGAUCCCCGGUGCCCCUGUCCCACACUCAAAGGCCCUGGGGUUGAAUCUCACCUCCUGCUGUUUACCCUGGUCAAAGCAGUACAAAUGGGUAAAUCAGUGUAUGUCGCUUUGGAGGAGCAUGCCCAAUAAAUGAUUAGUUAAUGUGUGUUGUUCUCUCUCUCUCACACACACACACACCACGUAUGAAGCCUCUGCACAAGUGUGUCCUCCUGUCCUCUGUUGUCCUUCAGCUCAGCCUGUGGAUGUGACCUCUAGGCCCCCCUCCUCCCUCCAGUACCCAUGGAGGACAAAAGAAAGAAGAAGAGCCCCAAGGUGUCUCUGCCCCAGCCCCCGCCGCCCCCGGUCAACCCUCGCAAGCUCUCCGUCCUCCCCGCCAGCAAGAGCGCCACCUUCUCGCUGGGCCUCCCGCAGCCGCCGUCCCCAAAGUCGCGCGGGAAGGUCAAGAGGUCGGUAGGGGCCCCCGCUCAGUCCAGAGAGGCCCUCGGUGCAGCCGCCCCCCCCAGGAGCGCCAGGCCGCACAAGGCUCCGCCCAAGGCUCCGCCCCCAGCCGGCUCCGGCAGGGUGGCGCAGUCGUCGCCCCUGCAGCACUCCUUCCUCACGGACGUGUCGGACGUGCGCGAGAUGGAGGGGGGGCUGCUCAACCUUCUCAACGACUUCCACUCGGGGAAGCUGCAGGCCUUCGGGAAGGUGUGCUCUUUCGAGCAGCUGGAACACGUGCGCGAGAUGCAGGAGAAGCUGGCGAGGCUCCACUUCAGCCUGGACAGCCACGUGGAGGAGCUCUCCGAGGACCAGAGGAAGUCGGCCUCGGACCGCAGCCUCGAGCACCUGCUCUCCAACCUGGAAGAGCUCAGCAACUCCAUACAGAAGCUUCACUUGGCCGAAAACCAGGACCUGCCCAAGGCGUCCGGCCCCUGAAGCAGAGAGAAGUGGGCGGAGCUAUGGGAGCGGGGCUGUGUGGAGGGGCAGCGCCGGGUCCAGACCCUCAUCCCUGCUCGUCUCACCGAAUGGCGCGAGAGCGCCUUCGCCGCGGUCCGUACCACGGUCACGCCUGACAAGACAAGGCUCCCGCAAGCAGACUGAUCUCAGCCCAGGACCACACCCCCCCGAGGAGAGCUGCAUUAGCCACGCCCACAGGAAGUCUCUCUCGCCGGUGCGCAGUUCUCAGUGUGUCCCAUCAGCGAGACGAGUCGCACCUGCCGAGGCUCUCCGCCCCGUCGCUUAGCGAUGCGCGCUCGUCACUUCUAGGGGCGGCUGCCUUUGCACCCAAAGGUCGUCGGUUCAAAUCCCACCUGCAGCUGUAGUACCCUUCGUACCCUCGACAAAGUGCUCCCGUAAAAUUGGCCUGCUGUAUAAAUGGGUAAAUCGGUGUAAGUAGAUAACGAGUGCAAGUCGCUUUGGAGGAACUGGUCACAUGAUCAGUGCAACUGACAGGAAGCGUGGAUAGGAAGACGCACCAGCAGGACCCCGACGCGGCCCUGUUCCGAGUGGCGCAGCAGGUCGCACCGGUACCUCACUUCUGCCUGGACUGUGACUGGAUGUGGGUUCGAAUCCAGACGCCGUGUGUGUGUGUCCUGGACGUAAGAGUUAACUUGGAGUGACGUUUGCUUUGCAAAUAAUUUCCAUUUAAUUUUUGAUGUUUCAUGUUCUUUUUGUGUCCUCCGGAUAACUGAUAGCUUGUUUUAUCAUCGGAGACAAAAAUGUGGCUAGGAGUUCUAGUUGUUAACGCCUGCUGAAGCACGCAUUUCGCACCGUGUACUAUAGUACUGAAGUGUUUUACACGGUUUUACGGCGCUACCCCGACGGAAGCCGAGAAGAGCGCCGCGGCGCACGGAUCUGGAUUGACAGUUAUGUGGCCAAUCGCAGUGCAGCGUUUGUCCUGAGGGCGGAGCGUUGCGACCCGUUGGCCUAUCAUGUGCAGCUAAAGGUUGCUACUGACCUUUCAGAAUGAGCCGUUUGAAAGGCCAGUGGGCGCGCGCUCUGGAGUUACGGUCUGUUGCAUUCAUUUUUAUUUUGAGUAGAUCGUCAUUCACAGCAGUGUACUAAUACUCUUCUGUGGUUUAGUCAUUGCCAGUAGCACUAAUGGUGAAGUUUCACUGCAAAAGUUCGUUUGUAAAGUGAAAUAAAAGGAAUAUUAAUACUGGAACUGUUUGUUUUUAUUACUCAUACUGUCAUUUUGCAUUGAAUAUUAUGUUUACUGGCGUCCCGUCCUGGGUGUGUUCCC